GGGUGCGGCAUACGCUGAGACGCGGCGCACCGAGGGACGCAGCCGGGUGCCCAUGGCGUUCGCGCUACUGCGCCCCGUCGGCGCGCACGUGCUGUACCCGGACGUGCGGUUGCUGAGCGAGGACGAGGAGAACCGCAGCGAAAGCGACGCGUCGGACCAGUCGUUCGGCUGCUGCGAGGGCCUGGAGGCGGCGCGGCGCGGCCCGGGCCCCGGAGGCGGGCGGCGGGCGGGCGGCGGCGGGGGCCCGGUGGUGGUGGUGCGGCAGCGGCAGGCGGCCAACGCGCGGGAGCGGGACCGCACGCAGAGCGUGAACACGGCCUUCACGGCGCUGCGCACGCUCAUCCCCACCGAGCCGGUGGACCGCAAGCUGUCAAAGAUCGAGACGCUGCGCCUGGCGUCCAGUUACAUCGCGCACCUGGCCAACGUGCUGCUGCUGGGCGACGCGGCCGACGACGGGCAGCCCUGCUUCCGUGCGGCCGGCAGUGCCAAGAGCACCGUCCCCACCGCCACAGCCGACGACGGCGGCCGCCAGCCGCGCUCCAUCUGCACCUUCUGCCUCAGCAACCAGCGCAAGGGGGGUGGCCGUCGUGACCUGGGGGGCAGCUGCUUGAAGGCAAGGGGGGUGGCCCCGCUUCGAGUGCCACGGAGAUGAGUCUGAGGCCCUGUGGCGUUUGCUCCAAGCAGAACCCUGGAGAAGGAGGCCGGAAAGCAGGCACUGGCUGGAUAGGAGAGAAGACCCCAGGAGCAGAACCCAUCCCCCCCUCUGGGUAGGGACCAGGGGACAAUGGCCUGGGCCCAUGACCCUCUGGGUAGGGCCCCUGGGACAUACCAGCCCCACCCUGGAGCACUGUGAGGAGCCAUCCAGCUCAGUCCAGCCCUGGCUGAGCAGAGAUGAGGCAGAACUUUUGGAAAAACAGAGACUUUGGGGACAGAGGUUGUGUGUGUAUAUGUGCAUAAGUGUGUGUGUGUAUGAGAGAGUUGGUGAGUUUAAAAUAAAAGGUAUUUUUAAAUAAAAAGAUGCUGUUCCCUGCUGAGGAAGAGAAG